CUCAUUAAUUCUAUGAGUCAAUUGGGAUAUAAGGUUGUCUCAAGUACUGGUGAAGCUGAAAUUACUUGGACCUUACAAAGGGAUAUUUGAGCUGUGUUUUAAUUCUAAUCAAUUAUUUUGUUAUCAUCAUUUUAAUAAAUAUUAACAAUGGAGAAAAAUUGUUGUGAUCAUGAUUGUACUGCUGCAACUGCAAAUAGUUCCGUUUGUCAAACAUUAUCAGAAAUGGAUUGGGAAAGGGGCAUUUGGAAUGCAGCAUUCUCUGGAGAUAUGUCAAGAUUAGCUUAUUUGAUUAAUAAAGCAAAAAAUGUAGCUGAAUUCGUCAAUACUCAAGACAAUGCUGGCUAUACUGCUCUGCACUAUGCAGCACGAAAUGGUCACUUGGAAAUAUGUAAAUUUUUGUUAGAAAAUGGGGCUUUAAUUGAUAUCACAACAAAGAGUGGAAAAGCAACACCUUUACACAAAGCAAGUGCAGCUGGUAAAAUAUCUACUGUGAGAUAUUUGAUCGAGUCUGGUGCAAACCUUCAAGUAAAGGAUGAUGAUGGCAAGACUAUACUUCACAAGGCUGUAGAAGGCAAACACAUUCACUUGAUAGAGACUUUGUUAGCUGCAUGCCCACAAUUACGUAAUAUGAAAGAUAACAAAGGAUUAAUUCCUAGCCUUAAUUAAAAAGUUAACAAAUUGUCUUUGUUAUUUAAAUCUAGCACCUAAUAUUUGUGUAGAUUUAACAUAUCACAUUGUUAUUAAAGUUAUAUUUUCAUUUAAUGUUAAUCACAUUUAAAUACAGCAUAAAUACAUAUGGGCAAAUACAUGAACUGCCUUUUUUAAUAAUAAUAUGCAUUCAUGUACAUAUGUUGAAGAGAAUACCUAGAAAAGGGAUUAAAUUAGUAUUUUUAUUGAAACAAUAUGUAUCAUUUUUACUUUUAUUUAUGUUCCAAUCUUAUAAAGUACUUAUUUACUAUCUGUUUGACUAGGACCAAAAUCAUCAAAAAUAUGUUCUACAUUAGUAUUAUAAUAUUUUGCCAUAGUGAACACUUACAUGUGUUAACAAUAAAAUUCCAUUUUGAAUAUAUACUUUAUACUUUUUUUAUUAUUCUACAGGCCCUGGAUUCAAGCCUUUCUGGAUAUAUGAGUCUAUGGAUUGAUUGUUGUCAUAGUGAUAAACACAAAUAUAUGUGUGAUAUAUAACAAUAUUACUAUUUUUUAAUAGGCUAACAUAUAUACAAUUGUUUAUAAGAUAAUAUAAUAUUCUUAAAUAAAUAACUGAUUCAAAUACACCAUAGUACAUAAGAUUUUUUUAGAAUAUUAUUUUAAAGUAUACAACAGUGAGGAAUAUAAAGUAACUAUUAUUUUCUAACAUAUUAAUAUUUAGUAUAAUAAUUUAAUGUUUUAGGAUAGUUGUGUAGGAAUAAAAUUAUUGUUUUAAAUAUUUGUGUAUACCACAUAAAGAAAAUUCCUCCAAAUUACACUUUGUACCGUCUACUGUAUUAAGUGUUGCAAUAAAUUUUAAAACUAG